AUGGAUACCUACCUGAACUCCCUUCCGCCGCUUCUAAACAACAGCCUGGCCAAAUGGGCGUAUAUUUCGCUCGCUGCAUUCGCCAAUCUUCCUGGCCAUUUCAAUCGGACAGCGUUUGAGGCUCCCUGGCAAACCUCAGAGGUCUCAGAUGAAGGCCUUAGCACAGCGUUAUCGUACCUGAAUAUCACUGACUUUGUAGCCUACGAUUCGAGGUUCUUCGAUAUCAUUGGCCCUAACGCGACAGUGGAGCAUGUUCAAAAACUAGCCUACCAGGUCCAUGAAGCGCCAUGUUAUAUCAAGGAUACCAAUCAGCUCUUUUUUGUCGAAUGGGGCCCACCAGGCGGCGACGAUGGCAUUCACUCGUGGCAGUACCUCCUGGAUGUGGAGACCAAUACCCUGCACAACAUAACCACUGACCCUCCCACAUACAACGUUCAUGGAUGCGUCUACUACAAUCAUUCCAUCCACGUGGUAACGGAUGGAUACAGUGACCUUCAAACAGGAGAGCUGGCAAAGAUCGACCCUCACAGCCACGAGAAAACAACAUUGCUGAACAACUACCUGGUGCAGCCAUUUUCGGGUUUCAAUGACCUGGAAAUUGAUCGGGAGGGUAACUUUUGGCUAACAGAUUCAAGAUCAGGCUGGGGCCGACAGAUUGUUGAUUUUGCACCCCCAACAAACCCCUCUGUCUACUUCGUUGAACGAUCAACCUUUCGCACUAAGGUAGUCUAUAGGGUCUCGAAGUACUUUCCAAAAAGGACCGAUCCUUACGGAUGGAGACAGCUCUGGGCGUUUGAUGUCUCGAAGCGAGGCUCCGUACUGUCAAAUCAAAGAUUCCUCACCAAUCCCAUUUCCUACUUCUAUGAUGGCGUCAGGGUGUCGCGACAUGGGUUGAUCUUUUGCGGUGCCGGGGAUGGCGUUGAUGUUCUUGAUCCCCACACAGGGUAUACGCUGGGUACAAUUCGCGUCGGUGGGGGUGAGAAUGGGGCUGUGAGUGUGGCAUUUGGGGAACAUGAACUAUGGAUUGUGGGUAAAGGAGGAGUAUGGCAUGUCAAAGGGAUCCAGGAGCAACUGGCUCGAGAGUGGUAG